CCUCCCUUUGUCUGUCUCUGCCCAGCCUCUCCUUCCCUCGAGUCUCUAGUUUUUCCGACUGCCUCUCGGUCUCUGUCUCCCUCUCCCCUAUUGUCUCUGUCUCCACCCAGUCCCUGGCUCCUCUUUCCUAGUCUCAGUUUCUCUGCCUGCCAGUCUUUCUGCCUUUCGAUCGGUCCGUCCGUCUCCCUCUGCCUCUGAGCCCCACCCCCUUCCCCCGGUCCUGGGUCUAGUUUGUGUUUGUCUCUUGUUUCCUUUGUCUCUGCCCCGCUCUCUUCCUGGACUCCUCUAUCUCCCGCUCCCCAACCUUAUCUCCCUUGAUUCUCCUCCCUUCCCUCCCCCACUUUCCCUAUCUCUAGGUCCCCGUCUCCUUUUGUCUCUUUCCUCCCAGUUUCUCGGGCUGUCUCCCAGUCUGCCUCCCUCUCCCUUAGUCUCCCUGUCUCUCUCCCAUCUCUCUGCUUCUUUCUCUCCCUGGGUCGGGGUCUCUCGGCCCCGGCUAGCCUGCCGGUUCUCCAGCAGGGGCUGAGCCAGGCGGAGAGACCGAAGGAGAGUGCCCGUGCCCCCACCCCCAAGGCCGGCAGGGCCUGGAGCUCCUCCCCACCCCCUCCCCGUCCAGCUCCUGUUCCCGUGGCGGCACUGCGAGAGUGAAUCGGUUAAUACCAUCGAGUUCGGACCACCACCGGGGCCUAGAGGGACCCCUCGAGAGGCGGAAGACCAUUUCCGGACCCCUCCCUCCGUCGGGUGGAUCGCAUCCUUAACCACUGAGCUCAGCCCCUGGCCUGGUUAACACCAUCGAGACAGCCCGACUCGUCCUUCUAGAGUGGCCCCAUCGCCGAGAGGAGGCCGCUUCCGCUUCCCGUCCCCGCCCCUACACCUGGCUCUCAGCCUCCCUGGACGCCUGGGUCCCUAGUUCCUCCCUCUCAGUUCAGACCUCCGGGGCCUUGGGCCCAGUAGGGCUGCCCGUUCAUUGACUCCUGCGAGCUUCCCCCUUAGCCGGGGGCGGGGACCCGAAGGAAGGACAACCCCCCCGUCAGGGGGGGGGGGGACGGAGAGCGAAGCGGCGGGAUCGCCGGGCUCCGAGGGAGGCCUCAAGGGAGCGUUCGAAGGCCACGCCGAGGAUAUCCUCCCUGGGAUGGAGCAAGGGGCUGAGCCAUGGGACCCAGAUCUUCAAGGCUCAGAGGAGAGGGGGCUCCUCAGAAGCACCCACACAGGUGAAGGUAUGGGGAAUGAGAUUGAAGAAGAGCACCCUCAGCAUGGUGGUCUGGAUUUUGAAGAUGACCCUCAACAGGUAUCUGGCCUGGGGUUCAAGGAAACUCGAGAUGUGGCUACAGGACGGGAUGAAGGAGAUAGCACCAUCAAAUUAGAACCAGAUGGGACCUGGGAAGCUUUAUGGGCAAGUGCAGGCCAUGGGAAACCCCGUUCUCGAGUUCCCAGACCUCUUUCAGAAACACGGAGGGUCCAGGUUGGGGAGAGGGCACCUGUGUGUGGUGAAUGUGGGAAAAGUUUCCGGCAAAUGUCAGACCUGGUGAAACACCAGCGCACACACACAGGUGAGAAACCCUACAAGUGUGGGGUAUGUGGUAAGGGUUUUGGGGACAGCUCAGCACGAAUCAAGCACCAGCGAACACACAGUGGUGAGAAGCCAUACCGGCCCCGCCCACCAGCACCUGGCCCCCCUCGGACUCCAAGACCUCGAAUUCCUGCUGGGGAGCGCCCCACUAUUUGUGGCGAAUGUGGCAAGAGCUUUCGUCAGAGCUCGGACCUGGUGAAACAUCAGCGCACACACACAGGUGAGAAGCCAUACAAAUGUGCUGUCUGUGGCAAGGGCUUUGGGGACAGUUCAGCCCGCAUUAAACACCAGCGGACGCACAGGGGUGAACGGCCUCCACGCACAGUAGCAUCUCGGCGAGUGGCCCGGGCUACUUCCUCCAUCCCACAGGGUUCAGCAGCUGGACCUAGGGAUAAGCCCCACAUGUGUCCUGAGUGUGGGAAGCGCUUUGUAUUGAGCUGCAGCCUCCUUAGCCAUCAACGCAGCCACUUGGGGCCCAAACCAUUUGGAUGUGACGUAUGUGGAAAGGAGUUUGCCCGUGGAUCAGACCUUGUAAAGCACCUGCGUGUGCACACAGGUGAAAAGCCCUAUCUGUGUCCAGAAUGUGGCAAGGGUUUCGCUGACAGCUCAGCUCGUGUCAAGCACCUUCGCACACACAGUGGUGAGCGGCCCCAUGGUUGCCCUGAGUGUGGCCGAACCUUUAGCCUUGGCUCUACCCUCUUGAGACAUCGCCUCACCCACCUAGAACCACAGGCCUUUGGGGUUCAUGGGUACCCUUUGGCUCUCCACAGUCCCAGCCCACCCCCUAGCUCAAGUCCUCUGCCUAUUCCCCAUGGCCCUAGUCCCCCACUUGUCCCACGGAGUCCUCCCCAUCCUGGUGAGGGCCCUUUUGGAUUCCCUGGUCUAGAGCCAGAGCCAGAGGGUCCUCAGGUUGGAGAGCCACCCCCUCCAGCAGUGGACAAGCCCCAUAAGUGUCCUGAGUGUGGGAAGGGGUUCCGUCGAGGUUCAGACCUGGUAAAGCACCACCGUGUGCACACAGGGGAAAAGCCCUACCUGUGCCCUGAAUGUGGGAAGGGCUUUGCUGACAGCUCAGCCCGUGUUAAGCAUCUGCGUACCCACCGAGGUGAACGAGCCCGCCCAGCGCCAACCCCCCCAGCAGCCCUCCUUCGGCCCCACAACCCUCCUGGCCCAGCAGCCCCUGCUCCUCGGCCUCGGGGCAGGCCCCCUGGCACAAGCCGGACUCAUACCUGUGGGUACUGUGGGAAAGAGUUCCCUCGAAGCUCAGACCUGGUAAAGCAUCGACGUACUCACACAGGCGAGAAACCCUACAAGUGUGCAGAGUGUGGCAAGGGCUUUGGAGACAGCUCAGCCCGCAUAAAGCACCAACGUGGGCAUCUGGCACUACGGCCAUAUGGGGCAGGGGCCAGUAGAGCUCGGCCCCCCAAGGCAGAGCUGGGGACUGGACUAGAGUGAUGGUACUAGAGAAAUGGGUCUGGAAGGGGGAUGGGAGGGAAUCUGCUGCUGCCUGAGGUGGGAGAAAGGGAAGUGAUAACCGCAGAGUAGGGAAAAGGAGAGUCAGGCAGAGAGCCAGAGAGGAGGAGAUAGGGAGUGUGUUGGCCCCAGGUGUAGGGGCUUUCUAACCCCAUGGUUCCCCAAUUCCUUGCUGGUGACAUCCAGGUGACAUAUACUACCACAGUGGAAGACCAGUGUGGGAAGUGUCUUCUAUGCCAGCUAUUGGUGGGACUUGGGCUUCUAUGUCUGAGCUUUUCCUCUGAACAGGUUAGCUGGGGCUGAAUUAGAAUAGUGUUCCAGUGAAGCCAGAUCAGUCCUUGAGUGGACCAGCGUAUUUGGUCCACCCACUUCAACCAGCCACCAAGCAACCUCCUGAUCUUAGAUGAAAGGGGACCUGAUGAGAUUGUGGAAAUAGCAGAACCAGUCUAGCCCAUGACUGGAGAACCAACACAUCACUCGUGCCGCUGAUGGAUUUGUAGUCAUUUUCAUGUAUAUGAUGAAGAUUAGCAGAAUGCUCAAGCCUCAGUUCCCCAGGACAGAAGAGGGCAAGGUGGCAAGAGGUGGAAAAAGUAUACUGGCACCGGGGGAGGGGCCUAGCAAUGUGAAUGAACCUUAAAAAGAGAACUCUAACCCUUCCCCAUCCCCCCAAAAAGGCUAGGUAGGCAAUAAGGGUUUUAUCUCUGGGAUCUCUGUUGGCACUAUCUCAUCUCCAAUAAACUGUCUCUUGUCUUGAAA